CCCCGCCCACUUCCGGGUCCCGAGAGCCGGGGCCCGCAUGGCGGCCGGCAAGCGCGCGGCGGCCGGUCCGCGUUCGCCAGGCGCCAUGGCCCAGUGGAAGAAGAAGAAGGGGCUCCGGAAGCGCCGGGGCGCAGUUUCCCAGGGCCGCGACAGCGACUCGGAGGAUGGCGAGUUUGAGAUUCAGGCGGAAGAUGACGCCCGGGCGCGGCAGGGGGGGCCCGGCCGACCUCUGCCCAGCUUCCCCACCUCGGAGUGCACCUCGGACGUGGAGCCGGACACUCGGGAGAUGGUGCGGGCGCAGAACAAGAAGAAGAAGAAGUCCGGUGGCUUCCAGUCCAUGGGCUUGAGCUACCCGGUGUUCAAGGGCAUCAUGAAGAAGGGCUACAAAGUGCCGACGCCCAUUCAGAGGAAGACCAUCCCGGUGAUCCUGGACGGCAAGGAUGUGGUGGCCAUGGCGCGGACUGGCAGCGGCAAGACGGCGUGUUUCCUCAUCCCCAUGUUUGAGCGGCUCAAGGCCCGCAGUGGCCAGACCGGUGCCCGGGCGCUCGUCCUUUCGCCCACUCGGGAGCUGGCCCUGCAGACCAUGAAGUUCACUAAGGAGCUGGGCAAGUUCACCGGCCUCAAGACCGCCCUGAUCCUGGGUGGGGACAGAAUGGAGGACCAGUUUGCAGCCCUGCACGAGAACCCCGACAUAAUUAUCGCCACCCCGGGGCGGCUGGUGCACGUGGCGGUGGAGAUGAACCUGAAGCUGCAGAGCGUGGAGUACGUGGUGUUUGAUGAGGCUGACAGGCUCUUUGAGAUGGGCUUUGCCGAGCAGCUGCAGGAGAUCAUCAGCCGGCUGCCUGGGGGCCACCAGACGGUGCUGUUCUCCGCCACGCUGCCCAAGCUGCUGGUGGAGUUUGCCCGCGCAGGCCUCACCGAGCCAGUGCUCAUCCGGCUGGACGUGGACGCCAAGCUCAACGAGCAACUCAAGACCUCCUUCCUCCUGGUGCGCGAGGACGCCAAGGCCGCCGUGCUGCUGCAUCUGCUGCGCACCGCGGUGCGGCCCCAGGACCAGACCGUGGUGUUUGUGGCCACCAAGCACCACUGUGAGUACCUCUCCGAGCUGCUGAGCACCCAGCGGGUAAGCUGCGCGCACAUCUACAGCGCCCUGGACCCCACGGCCCGCAAGAUCAACCUGGCCAGGUUCACGCACGGCAAGUGCUCUGCGCUCAUCGUCACCGACCUGGCCGCCCGAGGGCUGGACAUCCCGCUGCUGGACAACGUCAUCAACUACAGCUUCCCCGCCAAGGGCAAGCUCUUCCUGCACCGCGUGGGCCGUGUGGCCCGGGCCGGCCGAAGCGGCACAGCCUACUCCUUGGUGUCCCCAGACGAGGUCCCCUACCUGCUGGACCUGCACCUGUUCCUGGGCCGCAGCCUCACCCUCGCCCGGCCCAGUGAGGAGCCCGCAGGUGGUGUGGACGGUGUGCUGGGCAGGGUGCCGCAGACCGUGGUGGACGAUGAGGACAGUGGCCUGCGGGCUGCGCUGGAGGCGUCCCUGGAGCUGCGGAGCCUGGGCCGCGUGGCGGACAACGCACAGCAGCAGUACGUGCGCUCGCGGCCAGCGCCCUCGCCCGAGUCCAUCAAGAGGGCCAAGGAGCUGGACCUGGCGGGGCUGAGCCUGCACCCGCUCUUCAGCUCGCGCUUCGAGGAGGCGGAGCUGCAGCGGCUGAGGCUGGUGGACGGCAUCAAGCAGUACCGCUCCCGCGCAACCAUCUUCGAGAUCAAUGCCUCCAGCCGGGACCUGAGCAGCCAGGUGAUGCGCGCCAAGCGGCAGAAGGACGGCAGGGCCAUUGCUCGCUUCCAGCGGGGGCAGCAAGAGCGACAGGAAGGCCCGGCUACCCCUGCCCCUGCCUGCCCAGUGCCGAAGGAGGAGCAGCCGCUGGGGAGGGAGGAGGACGCAGGACAGAGUGUGGAGGACAUCUUUACCGAGGUUGUAGGCCAGAAGCGGCUGCAGCCAGGCCCUGACCGAGGAGCCAAGAGACGGAGGGAGGAGGCCCGGCGGAGGGACCAGGAAUUCUAUGUCCCCUACCGGCCCAAAGACUUUGACAGUGAACAGGGCCUGAGCGUCGGGGGUGCUACUGGGGCCUUCGAGCAGCAGGUGGCCGGCGCCGUCCUGGACCUGAUGGGGGACGAGGCGCAGAACCUGACCCGGAGCCGGCAGCAGCUCAAGUGGGACCGGAAGAAGAAGCGGUUUGUGGGACAGUCCGGACAGGAGGACAAGAAGAAGAUCAAGACUGAGAGCGGCUGCUACGUCAGCAGCUCCUACAAGCGGGACCUCUACCAGAAGUGGAAACAGAAACAGAAAAUCGAGGAUCGAGACUCGGAGGAGGAAGGACCCUCUGACCGGGGAGGCCCACCUCGGAGAGGUGGGAAGCGAGGGCGUGGGCCAGGUGCGUCCCAGCCCCGCGCCCCCGGAACUGCCGCGGGCCGUGUUCGCUCUGAGCUCAAGACCAAGCAGCAGAUCCUGAAGCAGCGACGGCGGGCCCAGAAGCUGCGCUUCCUGCAGCGUGGCGGCCUCAAGCAGCUGUCUGCCCGCAACCGCCGCCGGGCCCAGGAGCUGCAGCGGGGCGCCUUUGGCCGGGGCGCCCCCUCUAAAAAGGGCAAGAUGAGGAAGAGGAUGUGAAAACCAGGGCUGGGCCCCGAGGCUGCUUUCCUGAACUGUCUGGACCUCAGCAGCCAUCUCCCCACGUACUACUGGGAGAGCCCCUGCAUCCUGGAAAGGAGCCCCGUGCAGCCAUAGAAGGCAGCAGCUGCCUCUGCCCACACAGACAUUUGAGCAGGGUCUUGAAGGGUGUGUAGGAGUUCGCCAGCCAAGCUAAGCAAGUCCAGAGUUGGCAGUUUGGUUGCUGCUGCUUCCACGCGUUCUGGGUUCACAGUUCUUGGCCACGUGGUCUGAGCCCUGAGUGCUUCAGGUUCGAUGACAGGAUUUUAAUAAGCCUUUAUUGAGUAUCUCUGGUGGA